GCGGUAGCCUUCUCGGGCGAGACUAGGUGCGCCUGCGCACUUGCAGGAUUGCGCGGCCGCUCUAUCUUGGAGAUGAAGUGUGUCUUCUCGCUGCUAGAAAAGACUUGGCUUGGCACACCAAUUCAGUUUACCUGGCAAAAAGCAUCAGGAAACUAUCUUGCAGUAACAGGAGCUGAUCAUAUUGUGAAAAUCUUUGAUCGCCAUGGUCAAAAAAGAAGUGAAAUUAACUUAUCUGGUAACUGUGUUGCUAUGGAUUGGGAUAAAGAUGGAGAUAUCCUAGCAAUGAUCGCUGAGAAGUCUAGUGGCGUUUAUCUGUGGGACGCCAACACAAACAAAACCAGCCAGUUAGACAGUGGCAUAAGGGAUCAAAUGUGUUUUCUUGUUUGGUCGAAAGUUGGAAGUUUCCUGGCUGCUGGAACUGCUAGAGGAUGUGUGCUUAUUUAUAAUCAUCAGACAUCUCGAAAAAUUCCCAUCCUUGGAAAACACAAUAAGAAAAUCACAUGUGGAUGCUGGAAUGCAGAGAAUCUGCUUGCUUUAGGUGGCGAAGACAGAAUGAUUACAGUUAGUAAUCAGGAAGGGGACACGAUAAGACAGUCACCCGUGAGACUGGAGCCUAGCGACAUGCAGUUUUCCACGAUGAAGACCGAUGACCGAACCUAUGCUAUGGAAAACACAAUAAGUGUGGUGCUUGGCAAGAAAAGUUUGUUUCUUUUUAAUCUCAAUGAUCCAGAUAGUUCAAUUGACCUGGAAUUUCAGGAGCACUAUGGCAACAUUGUCUGCUAUAGCUGGUAUGGUGAUGGCUACAUCAUGAUUGGUUUUUCACGUGGAACUUUUGUGGUAAUUUCCACUCAUAUUCGAGAGAUUGGCCAAGAGGUAUUUCAAGCUCGUGAUCAUAAAGAUAGUCUAACUAGUAUUGCAGUAUCACAGACCCUUAACAAAGCUGCUAUAUGUGGUGAUAACUGCAUUAAAAUUCAUGAGUUGGCAGAAUUAAAAGACAUGUAUGCUAUAAUCAGCCUGGAUGAUGAAAUUAAAGGUUUGGAUAGCUUGUCCUGGACAGAUGAUGGCCAGCUGCUGGCAUUGUCCACCCAGAGGGGCUCACUCCAUGUUUUCCUGACCAAGCUUCCCAUCCUUGGCGACGCCUGCAGCACAAGGGUUGCCUAUCUCACCUCCCUUCUGGAAGUCACCGUAGCCAACCCUGUUGAAGGAGAGCUACCGAUCACAGUUUCUGUUGAUGUGGAACCCAACUUCGUGGCAGUAGGACUGUAUCAUCUGGCUGUGGGAAUGAACAAUCGAGCUUGGUUUUAUGUCCUCGGAGAGAACGGUGUGAAGAAACUGAAAGAUAUGGAGUAUCUGGGGACAGUAGCCAGUGUGUCCCUUCAUUCGGACUACGCAGCAGCACUGUUUGAAGGCAAAGUCCAGUUACAUUUGAUAGAAAGUGAAUUCUUGGAUGCUCAAGAAGAACGUGAGACUCGACUUUUCCCAGCAGUGGACGAUAAGUGCCGUAUUCUGUGUCAUGCCUUGACUGGUGAUUUCCUCGUCUACGGCACAGAUACUGGUGUCAUUCAGUAUUUCUACAUUGAAGACUGGCAGUUCGUUAAUGAUUAUCGACAUCCUGUUGGUGUGAAAAAGAUCUUUCCUGACCCAAAUGGGACCAGAUUAAUUUUCAUUGAUGAAAAAAGUGAUGGAUUUGUCUAUUGUCCAGUUAAUGAUGCUACGUAUGAGAUUCCAGAUUUUUCACCAACCAUUAAAGGUGUUCUCUGGGAAAACUGGCCAUUGGAUAAAGGUGUAUUUAUUGCUUACGAUGAUGAUAAGGUGUAUACUUAUGUCUUUCACAAGGACACUAUACAAGGAUCCAAGGUCAUCUUGGCUGGUGGCACCCGAGUUCCCUAUGCUUACAAACCUUUGCUGUUGUACAACGGAGAGCUGACCUGCCAGACACAGAGUGGGAAGGUGAACAACAUCUACCUGGGCACGCACGGCUUCCUCCACAGCCUGAAGGAUGUGGGGCCCAAAGAGCUGAGGCAGAUGCUGACACAGACGUUACUGCUGAAAAGGUUUUCCGAUGCCUGGGAAAUGUGCCGGCUCCUGAACGACCCUGCUGCCUGGGAUGAGUUGGCCACGGCCUGUCUCCACCACAUGGAGGUGGAGUUUGCAAUCCGCGUUUAUCGGAAAAUUGGAAAUGUUGGCAUGGUGAUGUCCUUAGAACAAAUAAAGGGAAUAGAGGACUACAAUCUUUUGGCAGGACACCUUGCCAUGUUCACGAAUGAUUUCAACCUGGCCCAGGACCUGUACCUUGCAUCCAGCUGCCCUGGCGCUGCUCUGGAGAUGAGAAGGGAUUUACAGCACUGGGACAGUGCCCUGCAACUGGCGAAGCGAUUGGCCCCGGACCAAAUACCGUUUAUAUCAAAAGAAUAUGCUAUUCAGCUUGAAUUCACGGGUGAUUAUGCAAAUGCUUUGGCUCAUUAUGAGAAAGGAAUAACAGGUGAUAAUAAGGAGCACGAUGAAGUGUGCCUGGCCGGGGUCGCCCAGAUGUCCAUCCGCAUGGGAGACAUACGCCGAGGGGCGAACCAGGCCCUCAAGCAUCCCAGCAGGGUCCUUAAGAGAGACUGUGGCGCCAUCCUGGAGAAUAUGAAGCAAUUUUCAGAAGCAGCCCAACUGUAUGAAAAAGGCCUCUACUAUGACAAAGCAGCGUCUGUUUACAUACGCUGUAAGAACUGGGCAAAAGUUGGUGAGCUUCUGCCUCAUGUUUCUUCCCCAAAGAUUCACUCGCAGUAUGCCAAAGCUAAAGAAGCAGAUGGAAGAUACAAAGAGGCCGCGGUGGCCUAUGAGCACGCGAAGCAGUGGAACAGCGCCAUCCGAAUCUACCUGGACCACCUGAACAACCCGGAGAAGGCCGUGAGCAUCGUCAGGGAGACCCAGUCUCUGGAUGGGGCCAAGAUGGUGGCCAGGUUUUUCCUGCAGUUGGGAGACUACGGGUCUGCCAUCCAGUUUCUCGUCAUGUCCAAGUGCAACAAUGAGGCUUUCACGCUGGCUCAGCAGCACAACAAAAUGGAGAUCUAUGCAGACAUUAUUGGUUCUGAAAACACCUCUAAUGAAGACUAUCAAAGCAUUGCCUUGUAUUUUGAAGGAGAAAAAAGGCAUUUUCAGGCUGGAAAAUUCUUCUUGCUGUGCAGUCAAUAUUCACGAGCACUUAAACACUUCCUAAAAUGUCCAAGCUCAGAAGAUAAUGCAGCAAUAGAAAUGGCAAUUGAAACUGUCGGUCAGGCCAAGGACGAGCUGCUGACCAGCCAGCUGAUAGACCACCUCAUGGGGGAGAGCGAUGGCAUGCCCAAGGACGCCAAGUACCUGUUCCGCCUGUACAUGGCCCUGAAGCAGUACCGAGAGGCCGCCCGGACGGCCAUCAUCAUCGCCCGGGAGGAGCAGUCUGCGGGAAACUAUCGGAACGCACACGACGUUCUCUUCAGCAUGUAUGCAGAACUUAAAUCCCAGAAGAUCAAAAUUCCCUCGGAGAUGGCCACCAACCUCAUGAUCCUGCACAGCUAUAUACUCGUCAAGAUUCAUGUUAAAAACGGAGAUCACAUGAAGGGGGCACGUUUGCUUAUCCGGGUGGCCAACAACAUCAGCAAGUUCCCGUCACACAUCGUGCCGAUCCUGACGUCGACUGUCAUCGAGUGUCACCGAGCAGGCCUGAAGAACUCCGCUUUCAGCUUCGCAGCGAUGUUGAUGAGGCCCGAGUACCGCAACAAAAUAGAUGCCAAAUACAAAAAGAAGAUUGAGGCAAUGGUCAGGAGACCCGAUACAUCCGAGAUAGAAGAGACCACCACCCCGUGUCCAUUCUGUAAAUUUCUUCUCCCGGAAUUUGAACUCCUCUGUCCUGGAUGUAAAAACAAUAUCCCAUAUUGCAUUGCAACAGGCCGACACAUGCUGAAGGAUGACUGGACAGUGUGCCCGCACUGCGACUUCCCUGCUCUGCACUCGGAAUUUAAGGUCAUGUUAAACACUGAAAGCACGUGUCCCAUGUGUUCAGAAAGAUUAAACUUCGCUGAACUGAAAAAGAUUCCGGACUGUACCCAGUACCUGCGAACCGAGGUGGAGCAGUAAGUGGAGUGUGCAGAUAUGUUCCUGAGACAGCAUCUACCAUAGGCGGCUGUGCUCAUGCCCUGGUGGAUCUAGAGCUGGUCCUUCCUGGACACAGGGAAAAGCAAAGGUGACCUGUCCAGGUUGCCACUUUCACCUUCCACAGAGUGACAAAAUGGUAACAUGUAACACUGCUGUUUAUUACACCUUGUAUAUUUCCUUUUCAUAUUAUAUGCUCUGCACUGUUAAUAGUAUCCUAUGACAUAACUGUAAAUAUUCGGCUUUUUUUGAUAACUUUUAUAUUUUGAAAUAUGUCCUCUAAAUAAAAUUGUUAACUAGA